AGACAAACCAAGGUCAUAUAUACUAAAUCACACCAGACGUCGCGGCCUUCUUGCCAAUUAGUACUGAGAGAAUACCACGUUUCUCGAGUACAGUUGUUCCCCCUGAAUUCUUACACGGUUCAAAACUAUGGCAGCACCCAAGCCUGUAUAUAACCUGCCAGACGAUGCAGUCUGGUUCAUCACCGGCUGCUCAUCUGGUAUGGGCUUGGCUCUGGCGCAGCUCAUCGCUUCUCGCCCGACACAGCGUGUGGUCGCCACAGCCCGUAACGUACCCAAGCUGAGCGGCAUUCUCCCCAAGGACAACCCCAACAUCUUGUUGGUGGCUUUGGACGUUAAUAGCUCCGAUUCCAUCAAAGCUGCGUUUGACUCGGCGCUCACCAAAUUUGGCCGCAUUGACGUUGUCGUGAAUAAUGCAGGAUAUGGCCUCAUGGGUGACGCAGAGUCAUUUGUGGUGAACGCUGAGGAUAUGGAUAAGGCUCGCAACAUUGUCGAGACGAACUUUUGGGGCACCGCGCAAGUGUCUGCACACGCCGUGCGUGUCUUCCGUGACGAGAACCCCAAGAGUGGCCAAAUUGGCGGCGUGGUACUGAACGUGACAUCCAUCGGUGGUUUCGCGGGAUUCCCUGGCAGUGCUUUCUACCACGCUUCCAAAUUUGCCACAGAAGGCUACACCGAGGCUCUGAGUAAGGAGACCAGGGCCGAAUGGAAUGUUCACUUCUGCAUCAUUGAGCCUGGUGGUACAAAGACCAAUUUCGCUGGCGACAGUAUGCAGUGGCUCUCUCCCCACCCCGCGUACACAGCACCAGACACUCCUACCAGGUUGUUGGAAGGCUACGUCAAGAGCCCGGACAUGCAGAAGACCUGGGCACCGAGUGAGCACAUCGCCGCUGCCAUGUAUGAGGUUGUUGCUCGGAAGCAACCCAUUCCACUCCGAUUCCCCACUGGCGCACCAGCUUGGACUGUGAUCAAGGCCGAGUGCGAAGAGGUGGAGAAGGCAUUGCUUGAGGUGAAAGACCUGAGUUUCGCAGUUGAUGAUGGCUUAGUCAACAAGAGCGGCGAAUUCCUAAAGAAGACUUUCUAAGGGAAAGACGACUAGGCAGCCAAUGGCUGGGCAGUGUUGUGUUGGAUCAUAUUUUCUAAUAGAUAUCAUAGAGGCGUUGAAUAUUGCCA